AUGUCUCAAUAUCCCUCACGUCCUGAUACCGACCAAGAUCGCUUCUAUCAGCCUACUUUCAAGGUGACCAUGAGCUCUCGAUUACCACCACCACCCUGCCCUAUCGCCAGGGCCUACACUACGUGUCCACCUCGCGGUGCCCUUCAAUUUGCCAAACCUGCGCAUAAUAACAGUCCAGUCUGCAAGGAAUAUCGAUACGAGGAUAGAGAGAUGGUUUUCUCAGACGAGUCAUCAUCUAGCAGACAGAAUGUCGACUCUAGCACGGAGCGAAAGCAACGUGAAAGAGAUAGAUCUACUUCCGUGUUGAGUCCGUACAGAACGCCAUCUGAUCAAGCCAACAAGCAACGUACCUCUCCAGGUCAUAAUACAGAAGCAGGUAUUCCCUUGAAUGACCAUGAUCAUCGUCGAAAUCCUGUCCCACGACACUCAGCGCUUAAUGACCCCUGUACGGCUCAAGCACAGCGAUAUAAAGCAUCGAUUGAACAUGAGAGACCAGACGAAAUCACAACUGCUACAGUUACUGGUGGCCCAAGAGAUACAGACUUUCACCACACUGGUGGAAUAUUAGGACAGCAUGAUACGGAGAGGAAGAGACCAUCUUCAUCAAAGGCUACCGUUAGCAUCCGUAGUGCUCAACCUCCUGGCACACUCCACAGAACCAGGGGUACACCGGUGCCGGGUGUUAUCGUAUCGGACCUGGAGGUCCCACAUGACAUCCCGGUAAUCAGUAGAGAGGGUAAACAUAUCAUGCGAUACGUCAUGUCGAUGGAGGAGGAGAUGCGGCUUGCUUUCGAAGAUGUUGCCAUGCAUCUCACACCUGACGGAGGUGACGAAGUCUACUGGUCAGCGCUCGUGGAAAAAGGCGCUGAAAUCGUAAGCACCGCGGUGCAAACAUACCUUGGUCUGCUCGAUACAUGCAAACUCCAGAAUCUGCCUGACGGGCGCGUUGAUUACGGCAAUCGAUCGAGGAAUGAGGGUAGUGUUCCAAAGCCUUAUCUCGACUCUUCAGGUGCAACUCGCCGCGAUGAGAAGAUCGAUCAUCAAGCCGUACUGACACCUAACAUGCCCCUGAAAAAGGCUAUGAAGAGUCCAGUCAGGAUUGAAGCUUUGAGCAAGGCCAGGCUUGAGACGGAGCCGCCUGAGAAGAUGAGGGCAUCUACACAGAGCAGCACAAUGCAUCAUCAGAAUGCCGUUAACGACAAAGAGGCCAAAGAAAAAUUCUUGAAAUACGGCAAAGAGCUUCAGCACAACUCUCCUUACAGCGAGUUGAUGCUUUCCAGGUGGGCUCCGAAGCAUAUCCCAGUGCCCGAAUCGCAGCAAAAACUCCAUCCCCAGCAUUCUCGCAAUGCACCAGUCACAGCCACCCGAUAUCGCAAGCUGGAACUUCGAAAGCAGCGCGCAACAAAUGCAACCCUCGCUCCCCAUGAUAAGAUCCACAGUCACAACUAUCUCAAGGGCAAGGACGAGGAGAUAAAGGCGGCACUGCACCACCGUAACAAACUUAUCGAUCAUGCACGCAUACGAGCAUACCACUCGCGCGUCCUUCGCGAUAAGGUCCCGGAGAACGCGUCGAGAAUGAAGAUUUACUCUUUGACUCACCUGAAGAAAACGUACCAGGAGGGUGUGGUCAAGAGCAUGGAAGCUAUUGAUCGAGCGAUCACGGGCGGCGCCAGUACCAAUCAAAUCUGCGGACUUGUGAAGAAUCGGGAUCAAGCAACUGCUCUGCUUGAUUUUGCCAAAGACCUUCUGGCUAAGGAACAAGCUGUUCUCGCUGGUUAUACAGCGGUCAAAGGUGCGUCUGAUGGGAGGGUUGAGAAUGAAGCCUCGUAUGAUAAUGAGAGAUCGGGUGCUUCUUCAUCUUUGACGGAACAUUCCGAUCGCUGUGAGCAACAGAACGAUGGUGAGAGUGAUGAGAAAGGUGAUGAAGACAGUGACGAGAACAGUGACGGGGACAGUGAAACUGAAGGUCCCGAGGGAAACGACGAAGAUAGCGAGGACGACAGCGAAGACAAUAAAAAUGCUAACAUAGAAGCAAACAACGCGAAGGUCCACCACGCUCUCGAAAAUACUACCAAGCUCUUCGCAGAGCCCAAUGCCACAACAAGCCCAACAAUGAAGCAGCACACCGCCAGAAACACUGCGCCUCCAUACCAGACCUCCAAGACAUCCAUCCACCAGAAUCAAAUUCUCAAGGCCCCUACCAUCUCCCCUGGCCAAUACCUACUCCCUUCAGCCCGGGCAACCUCCUUACAUGCUAGCGCCACCUCCGGCCCUGUAUCGAAAUCCGAGCAGGCGUACAAGUCCAAUAGCAACUUCGACCAAGGAUGUAAGUCCGUGAAUGCCACAUGUUCGGUCGCACCUUGCGACCCGAGUCGGAGCAAGCGCGCAAUUCCCAAGUCACGAUUGGUCACCAGAGAUGUGCCUGUCCCGGCGUCGGCUAGUGGUGCUGCACUCCCGGAGUUCAGGUUUCCGGCGCUUGAGAAGGGCGUUAACACGUCGCCGUCGCUUUCGGCUGAAGCCAACGGCUCUGCAACAGGGGGGAUUGUUGAUGGAACUGAUGUUCUGUAUGAGCAUAGAAACUUCGGUGUCAUCGGUUCUGGUGUUGUCAGCAUUGAUGAUGCAUGGUUGGACAGUGAUGUAUCUGAAAACAACGAGUGGGAGAUCAUUGACGGAAGUGAAUGA